CUACUCUUCAAACAAAAGGAGGACCAUUGACCUCAUGCAUACACAUAGUGAAAAGUCAGACUCACCAGGGCCCCUGCCCUAACCAGUUCAAGUGUAUUUGUUUCAGGGACAGAGGAGGUAGCAUUUAAAGGAUUUUGCCACCAUCAACAAAAAGGGCAGCACAGGUUGUCUAUUUCCCUUUUGCCUCUUAACAUCUCUCUCUCGUUCUCCACUCUCUCACUCCCUCUUUCCACCGAGAAUAAGCAACGAGGGAUUUGCCUCAGAAGCAACAAGUGUAUAUCUCCUUCCUGCAUAGUCACAGCAUGUAUCAGGAUGUACAGCUUUAUGGGCGGCGGCCUGUUCUGUGCCAUUAUUGGGAACAUCCUAAUAGUGGUUUCCACAGCGACAGACUAUUGGAUGCAGUAUCGCCUCUCAGGCAGCUAUGCCCACCAGGGCCUGUGGAGGUACUGCAUGGCCAACAAGUGCUACAUGCAGACAGCAAGUAUAGCAUACUGGAAUGCCACACGGGCAUUCAUGAUCCUAUCGGGAAUGGCGUGCUUUGCGAGCAUCAUGGCAGGCAUCCUCUCAUUUGCCCAUUUUUCUGCCUUUGAGAGAUUCAGUCGUUCCUUUGCAGCAGGAAUCAUGUUUUUCAUCUCCACUUUGUUUGUGCUGCUGGCUAUGUCGAUCUACACUGGCGUAACCCUAAGCUUUCUGGGCAAGCGGUUCAGAGACUGGCGCUUCUCCUGGUCCUACAUACUGGGAUGGGUGGCCAUGCUCAUGACCUUCUUUGCUGCCUCUUUGUAA